UGAUCUUCUUAGUUGAUAGUUCUUACUUCUUAGUUCUUACUAUUUUUGUGAUUUUGAUCGCCGAAUAGUCGUAUAUCCUGGGUAGUUUUUAAAAGUUAAAUAAUAGUAGAAUUUAAAGUGGAAAAUUUUCUAUUAAACCGCAUUAAUUUGCUUAUACCUAUCUGAGACUAUGGUUUAUCCUUAUAUUUAAAAAUAUUCGUGUUCAACGCCAAAGCGCAUUUUUGCAAUUAUGUCUAGCGCUGAUAGAAUUGAUUUCGAGAUGGAAGUUGAGGUAGAAAGUGCUUCAUCUGGCCCAUCAGUAGACGUUCCUAAUCCUGCUUCUCCUGCAGCACCGCCCCCGGGAGUCAACAAAAGUGUUGUGGUUACAAAUGCUUCGUCUGGUUCUGUUACCGUAUCACUUCAUCCUCUAGUUAUUAUGAAUGUUUCGGAACAUUGGACCAGAUUACGAGCUCAAGAAGGUUCUCCACAAACAGUGGUUGGGGCACUAAUCGGCAAACAAAAAGGAAGAAAUAUUGAAGUAAUGAAUUCAUUUGAACUAGUAUUCAGUGUUAUUGAAGGGGAUAUUGUUAUUGACAGGGACUACUAUAAUUUAAAGGAAGAACAAUUUAAACAAGUAUUUUCUGAAAUGGAUUUCCUGGGAUGGUAUACAACUGGAGAGACUCCGACAGAAAGAGACAUUGCAGUACACAGACAAAUUUGUGAUAUUAAUGAAUGUCCUGUUAUGCUAAUGCUACAUCCAGGUGGCAGGAAUGGUGAGCAACUGCCAGUAGAUCUAUAUGAAUCAGUAAUAGAUGUAGUGAACGGAAGAGCAACGAUGCUACUCGCUCCACUUACAUAUACUUUGGCUGCUGAAGAAGCUGAGAGAAUUGGAGUGGAUCAUGUAGCUAGGGUAUCAUCUGGUGAAGCAGCAUUUAACAGCUUAGUUGCGGACCACUUAACAGCCCAGCGGUCGGCUAUAAAAAUGCUAGUCUCCAGAGUAAGAGCAGUGCUCAGCACAGUACGGGCAAUUAGGGAUGGUACUUUGCCUCCUAGACCAGCGUUACUUAGAGAAGCGCGAGCUUUAGCAAAUCGCCUGCCUUUGCUCACAUCACAACAGUUUCGCACACAUUUCUAUAAUCAAUGCAACGAUGUGGCACUCAUGACUUACCUGGGUACAAUCACAAAAGGAUGUAACGCUAUCAACCAGUUAGUGAAUAGAUUCAAUGUGAUGUAUGACAGACAGGGUGUGGGACGGCGCAUGAGGGGACUUUUCUUUUAGGGGGGACGCUAAGAGCCACAGAAAAUGUCAAUUUAUUUGCAUCUUUUUUGUCUAUCGUAAUUUAUAGUUAACAGUUUUUGUCGUCUGUUGUUUAAAAUGUGUUAGUCAUGUAAAUGAAGGAUUUUACAUUAAAAAAAUCAAAUUAUAAACUUUUAAUUAUAUAAAUAUAAAGCUUAAGUCUUGAACACAAGUGGAAGCUUAUAGAAGAUUUGUUGUUUUAACUCAGGUAUUUUUAUUCAUAUAAACUAAAUUAGUGAAAGACUUAUAAAUCGAGGACGUAGAACAUUCUUUUUAUAUGGAAAAAUAUAGUAACAAUUAUAAACACGGCACUUAUGAUCAAGGCCUAAAAUGUAUUGUAUUCAGCCAAGAAACGAUUAAUAUGAGUCCUAUGAGCGAAAGAUAAGUGCUAAACACUAAGGGUCUGUUUCGCAAUGUAUGGAUAAGUUCUACAUAAGUUCCAAAUUAGCUAUUUAUUACUUAUUGGUAGGGAUAAACACUAUUGUUGCGUUUCACGACUGUCAGAUAGCGC